CGUGAGCCAAGCAGCAGCUCCAAGCAAGUACACUUGAAGCUAGCUGUAGCAUUAGGUUGCGUUGAUACUGGCAAUAACGCCUCGAGAAGCUAGUUAGCGAGGAUGUCUCUGGUAAGGCUCUUCGACACGCUGGCCAUGAACACAUGGAAGAACCCCUUCAGCAUCUUCGGCACGACGGUGGCCGCCGACGCCCGGGUGGCCAGCGACACGUCGGCGUUCGCCAACACCUGCAUCGAGAGCCGGGACACGGCGGGCGCGUACGUGUUCAGCGCCGCGCUGCCCCCCGGCGUGAAGAAGGAGGAGGUGAAGGUGGAGGUGGACGAGGGCAACGUGCUGGUCAUCACCGGCGAGCGCAGCGUGCGGAGGGAGGAGAGGAGCGACAGGUGGCACCACAUCGAGCGCAGCUGCGCCACCUUCCUCGGCAGGUUCCACCUGCCGGAGGACGCCGCGGUGGACGACGUCAGGGCGGCCAUGGACGCCGGCAUGCUCACGGUCACCGUGCCCAAGGUGGGCACCACCGCCGAGAAGCCCGAGGCGAAGGCCAUCGAGGGCAGCCCCUGCUGAUGCCGGAGAGGCUCAGUUCCUCGGCCGGACUCUUGAUGAAGGAACAGUACCACCGGUCCACAGAGCGUAGGGUGACUGAGAUCAGCCGUGCGUCCUGCUUUCAACUUUUCUUUUUUUUAAAACGAAACAGAGAGAAGGUAAAAAUAUAUAAGAGCAAAAUAAAAAAGAAGGUCGUGACCAAAACACAUGGUUACUCUUCACGGCCUAAGCGCCGUGCUCUUGCUAAAAUCCAUGCUCUCCCCUCUUUCUUAAUUUUCUGUACAAGAAUAUACGCAGUUAACCCCUAUAUUAAAAAUA